GUUUAAUCUUUUCCCUCACGCACGUACGGCAGCAUCUCUAGGGUCCCUCGCACCAUCUCGCCACCAGCCAGACUCCCUUUCUCAGUCUUUCUCGAUUUUAACGAUCUCGCGGACCCCAAAACAAGAAUCGCCCCUCGCCAAGUGGAGCUUAUGUGCAUUCUACACAUAAAAAUACUGGUGCACACAUGUGGACCCAGAUACAGAUACACUCACACAUCCAGAUACAGAUACAAUACAGAGGAACACUUUACAACGCCCCUCUGGAAAUGCAGUUUAAUGACCGUUCAUGACCAAGUCAAUCAGAUGCGGGACUAUUUACGCAUAGCAAAAUCAUGAAAAAUGUUCCAACGUCGAAUAUCGUAUACACCCCGGAAUGGGGGACCUUUCAAACCAAAGGAAAUUACUACACACUUAAAUAAUAAAAAUGAAAAUCAGUUAUCAUAAAUAUUUAUUUGAAAUUUAUGCUGGUUAAUGUGAUAUUUUGUAACCACAAACUGAAACACUACAUUAAAUUAGUAACUGAAAAUUAAUAGAUUAGGAAUCUUAUGAAAAUUUGAACCCCAAUAAUGGCAUUUGCCAUAAAACUUAAAGAUUUCACUUUCAAAUAUUUUAAAAAAAAGAACAAACAUGUAUGUGGAUUUAUAUUUUUCAGAUACUACACACGAAUAGAUAUGAAACAAAACCCCCAUGAGAAACCCUCUCCAUUUAUAGCCAUGGGAACAUGGGAACACACUUUAUGCGUACGCUCCUCACGCGCAGGACACGUUCGGAAGGAACCGUGGGAAUCGGGGAACCCAAGAAUCGUUAUGCACCGAAACUAUAAUAAAUGCACCGGACCCUAGAAGAGGGUAACAAUAACAAUGGCAGGUCCCGUUCCCCCCGCUUCACGGCCAUUUCGAAUUGAAUUAGAAAAGGUUGCCCAGGUGGAGUUGGGGUUCAGGUAUGAAUAGGUCCCGAAGACGACAGGCAAUCAGAUGUAAAUCAAGUAGACAAGUUAGCAGUCAAGUCAUGAUAUGUAUGAAUUAUCUAAUAGUGUUCCUGCUUAUCGGAAAGGUUCGGAGUCAUAGUCAUCUGGGAGGAAAAAAAGCGUUCUACGAAUUCCCAACUGAAACUCAAAAGUUUGAGUUUUGCAUUAAGUUAAUCUUGGUGUGUCGCUUUGUUCGGGAUCGUCCGGAGGAUUAUACAGACUCCGAUGAGUAUGGCUUACAUACCAAUGAAACUGACAUUUACUUCAAUAAUAUUAUGUCGGAAUAUAGAAGAGCAAAUUGUUUGCCCAAAGGACUCUCAAAAACCGGAAUGAACAAAUUUUCACAGUUGAUCCUCCGUUGGACGAAUGAAGUUAAACAAAUGUUUCUUAACCCGAAGCUUUUCAUUGUUGUUGACGAGGACAUUAGGGGCCGAUCAUUCAAGGUGAAUUUUGGAUCGAUGCAAGGAUGGUGCAAUGGCACCGAUGAUGAACCUAGUGCUCCACGAUUCAGUACUACUACAACUGCCAAGCCUGACAUACAAAUUUCACCAGACGUUUGUUAUGAGGAAAGUGUAGUUGGCCGAUGGUUGGUCCCAGAAACUAAGGGCUUAAGGCAAUUAGAAAAGCUCUUUAAACGAUACCCAGAGUUUCUUGAAAAACUCCACAAAUACACGAAGUUAAACUGCUGUCCGUACGGAGCUAUUCGGGAUCGAAUUGAAAUUAUUAACGAUGGCAUUGACUUUCUCCACGAACUCCAAGGCAUUGAAUCCUUCAGCAAAGCUGAGUAUUCGGGUGUCGUUAGUUCUGAUUUUUCCAAACUUAGAGAUAGAUUGGAGUAUCUUAUUUUAAUUAAUAACAAAAAUGGUGGUAACCACUCAUCCGAAAAGUGUUGCUCCGGUUUUAUGGAUCUACUUAAAAAAUUUGGAAAUGAUUUCGAAAAUAAUCUCAGGAAUUUGAAAUCAUCCCAACCAAAUUUUGAUGCAACUCCCUAUAUUGAAAGGUACAAAGGACUAGAAAAUGGCCAUGUGGAUCGAUUAAAGAUUUUCCAGAACCUGGAAGCUUUAUUUGGAAAUAAAAAUAAAGCAGAUGCUUGUUGUGACAAUAAAAACAAUACAAUUUAUGAACUAGAAAAACUUUUAAAAGACUUGAAGCCAAGAGCAUCCAUUGAAAAUAAAACAAAUAUUUUUGAUCCCAUUAAAGAAAAUUUGGCAAACUCAGAUGAAAUUCUAUCUCGCACCAAAUCCUUAAUUGGUUUAGAAGAUGUUCAGCUUCAAAAACUUGAAUCCUCAUGUGGAAAAAGUUGUCAUACAAAUAAAAAAAAGAUCAUUCAAGAUUUAAAUACAAAAAUGGAUGCAUUAAAUAGGAAAUACGGGGAAAUCAACGCCCUUGUUAAUUUAAAUUGGUCGAAACUAAAUAAAUCCCUUGAAGAAGUCAGCUUAAGAGUUAAUGAAAUGCCGGAUAUAAUUGCCAACAUGGAUAAAAUAAAAAAACCAAUUCCAAGAAGCAUUAAAAGGGCUAGUCUAAGUGAGUCCAGUUCAAUAACUUCUAAGUACUUGAAAGAAAUUUCCAUUGUCUCAAAAACCAUCGAUGAAACUAAUAUAACCAAUAAAAGAAGCUUAUUUAUCCAUGAGAUGCAUGAAUCACAUUCUAAAAAUCAAACCAUAGAACUUAAAGAAACCUUUAACAAUAUUGAAGAAUCCAUCCGGAAAUACAACUCAACAACAUCAAAUAAAGAAUUAAGUUCUUUUGAAAACGAUUUUAACCGGUUAGCAAAGGAAAUAAGGGACCUUAAUGAUAUUGAGAUAGGCACCUUGGCCACGACAAUUAAAAAUCGCAAGAGAGAAUUCGAUUUAGAAAACGAGAAGUUCAUGAAACAGUUUGAAGAUUUCACAAGAACUAUAAAACUGAAAAUUGAAAUAAUUAAAAAAGACAAUAGUAAAAUGGAACAUCGUUUACUUCAAUUAGAAAAUAAACUAAAUACAACACCAACGAAAUUUGAAGAAAGACUUAACUAUAUGGAGGUCGCAUGGAAAGCUAUUUCAAAGUUGUAUGGACUUCCUGAAGAGUCUUACUUGGGUCGCAUCGAAUUGGCCCAGAAACAUCUAAGGGAUCUUAACGAGGCCAUUGCCAGGAUGGAGCAGAAUGCAGAGGAUUGCAUUUAUGAGUGUGACUUGGGAGAAUUGCCAACCAUAGCCCAGUUGUUUAGCAGGAUUAAGGUUUUAAGAGAAAAACUAAAAAAAACGUUGAAACCUAAAAAAAACUAAUCGCACCUAAUAUUUUCCUUGGCUCUUGUAAACUUUUGUAUUAGAAAAAUACCAUCCUUAUCCGUAUAAAUUUUUAUUUAACUACC